AUGCGGUGGCGGCGGGCUCCGACGAGGAAGUCAAAGCAGAGCAGAAAGGAAACACCGACGAGGGAGUCACUGGCAGCCUUGAGGAGCGGCAAAAAUGUGGCGCGGAAGGCGAGUGCGCCGCCGCCGUCGCCGCCUAAGGAGGAGUCAAACUCUUUCCGGUGGAAGUUGCGGUGGCAGCUGCAGGUCACGCAGUGGAGGUACUCGAGCAUGUCGCCAUCUCCAGCGAGGAAGAACUCACCGCAGAUUCCCCCCAGAUUCACCUCUCAACCCUCCCAGAUUCCCCCCAUCACCGUUUUCACCGAGAACCACUCUUAA